AUGAACGAGGAGUCGCAAGACGAGUCUCACGCGCUCAAACGUGCCCAAGCCAAGCGCAAGUUCCACAAAAAGAGUCGGAAGGGCUGUGCCACGUGCAAGAAGAGACGUGUCAAGUGCGACGAGGGCCGGCCGAUCUGUGCCAAUUGCAAUCGCAUGGGAAUCGACUGUGUCUACACAACGCCAGCCUCGCGCCCGCAGGGGACCCAGCAGCCGGCCAAACCAGCCCUCCAUGCCGCAAACACCCUCGAAACACCCAUCAUCAUCCAGGAACCCAGCCUCUCGCCCAACAUGAUCAGCGACCCGCCUCCAACACAGACUCUCGCUUACGAUACCCACCAGACCCUUAAUAUGCUCGACCUGCGACUCAUGUACCACUACACCACCAAGGUCUGGACCACCAUCACCGAUGCAGGCAUCUCCGACUCCAAGAUCUGGUCCGAGGAGAUCCCGAUGCUGGCUUUCAAAUACCCCUUCCUUAUGCAUUCAGUGCUGGCUUUCAGUGCUACUCAUCUGUCCCGCACAGAACGCGGCCUGGACCAAUGCGUCACCGGACACAGGGCCGACGCGCUGGGACUGCUGCGCGAGGCCGUUCUGGAGAUGUCGCCCGAGAACACAGACGCGCUUGUCGCUGCCGCCUUGAUCCUUAUCAUGGACUCUCUCGCAAACGCGUCGCUGCCAACCUCCACCUCCAUCAAGUCGCUGCCCCCGUCCGCGUGGAUCUUCCACGUGAAAGGAGCAGCAACCAUCCUCACCGCCGUCUGGCCCUUGAGCGAAAAGUCCCGGUUCUACAAGUUCAUCUCUGUGGACCUGGGCGACCUGGGAGAAAUCGGCUACGACCUCAUCUCCGGAGAACUCUCAACAGAUACAGCUAAAGCAGACAUGUUAAAAAUGAAAUACUCUUCUAUCCAGUGCUUCGACGAGGAAAUCAGAGACAUGUUCCCAAUCCCGCUCCAAUCCCCAUACCUCCCAACACUCGCAUACAUGGCCAAACUCCAUAUGGAACGAAAUAAAAAAGAUUUCAUCCUCAGAGUGUUUGCGUUCCCGGCCUUGCUCGACAAGCGGUUCCUGGGACUGCUCAUCAGCUGCGAUCUCUCAGCCAUGAGAAUCAUGCGUUGCUAUUAUAAGUUGCUCCGUAACUUCACUGACGAAAUGAAGGACAGAGUCUGGUUCCUGGAAGGCGUCUCCUCGGUGCUCCCGGUAGACGUUGAAGAAUAUUCCGGAGGUGGAGGAAUGCACAUGAUGCUGGACUUCUUGGGUGGACCAUCAACCGCAGAAGAUGACGGCCUUCUUAACAGUAUCCCCAGUGUUGUGCAAUCCCGUCUCCUUGACACAAAUAAUCUCCCAAGCUCCUCAAUCACUGAUAGUUUGGGUAUUGACGAAACUUCAGGUUUGGAAGACGACACAACCUUCAUCGGACACUCUGAAAAAAUCGUUAUCAAAUUUGAUAGGGUUGGCUGUCCAGCUACCGUCAAAUCCACUGAACUUCACGUGACAUCCACCAAGAGUGUGUCCACCUCCAAUGAGAGCAACAAGUUCCUGGUCGUUGAAUCCAAGACGAUCGGUGAACACCUCGUGAAGAUGCUCGGUUCCCUUGGUUGCAAGUGGACCACCCAUUGCUUCAAUGGCCACCACACCACCAAGAGUGUAGAGGUCGGCAAAGGAAAUCCAUGGGUAUUUUUCGUGAACUUGAUCCAAGUAAGACUUGGCUGUGUGCAAACCAGUGUUUCCAGGAUCGUUGAAUUCCUGGGCGAAUCUCAUAGUUCCACCGUUGCACCCACCAGUUCCCGAUUCUCGAUCAAAGUGUGCACAACAGUGCCAGGUGAAUCUCACCAUGUUUGGGCCAAUGGAUCCGUCGUCAUAAUCCGGUUUAGGCAGACAAUCUCUAAUUGCCUGUCUAACCAAUUCAUAAUUUCCGUAAGUAGGAUCCUGUGGCUUUUGCUUUCUUCUAAUUUUGAUUUUGUAAAGAAAUGA